AGGGGCAGGACCUCCCACGCAGAGGCUAGAUUGAGCGGAGACGCUAGCAACGUUGUUAGAUGUCCCAAAGCCCAAGGGGCCUGAGAUCCUUGGUCCAGCGUCUCGGGCGCCACGGCGUCCUCCUUUUCGGGUCCAGUCCGCGCCUUUCCCGCGACCCGCUUAGGCUCGCGCGUGUGUGGCCGCCAGCCCCGCGCCGAGGACAGGCCGGGUGACCGGGAAGAAAGCACGUGCUGGAGCGUUGUAGCGGCCGAGGGCGCGUCUGUUAUCGCCACGCCGCGCCCAGGUCGUGCGGGAGGUCCCCCGCGCGGCGUGUGGUGCGCGGAAGGCCCCGGGCGCCGCGGGCCCCGGGCCGCGGGCUCCGGGCUCCUCGGCGCCUCCGGCGACCUCGGCCCCUGAGGUCGUCUCUCGGGCGCUGGCUGGCGUCGCUCUUGGCCGUGUUCUCCUGUGCAGAGUGCGACUCCCCGGCUUCGCCCCUGGCCUGCGGAGGAGGAGACUCGGCGGCAUGUCGCCCGCGCUGCCAGAGCUGACGCCUUCCGCAGGUGUGAAGAAAAGCCUGCAGGAUGAGAUUGAAGCCAUUCUGCGGGAGAGGAUCAUGGUGCUGGAUGGAGGGAUGGGGACCAUGAUCCAGCGGCAUAAGCUAAGUGAAGAAGACUUCCGAGGUCACGAAUUUCAAGAUCAUGCCACGUCCCUAAAAGGCAACAAUGACAUUUUAAGUAUAACUCAACCCAACGUCAUUUACCAGAUCCAUAAGGAUUACUUGCUGGCUGGGGCAGAUAUCAUUGAAACAAACACUUUCAGCAGCACUAGCAUUGCCCAAGCUGACUAUGGCCUUGAACACUUGGCCUACCAGAUGAAUAGAUGCUCCGCGGGGGUGGCCAGAAAGGCAGCCGAGGAGGUGUCCCUCCAGACAGGAAUUAAGAGAUUUGUGGCAGGAGCUCUGGGUCCAACUAAUAAGACACUGUCGGUGUCCCCGUCUGUGGAGAGACCAGAUUACAGAAACAUUACAUUUGAUGAGCUCGUUGAAGCAUAUAGAGAGCAGGCCAAAGGGCUUCUGGAUGGUGGAGUUGAUGUCUUACUCAUUGAGACUAUUUUUGAUACUGCUAAUGCCAAGGCAGCCUUGUUCGCACUCCAGACACUUUUUGAAGAGGAGUAUCCCCCUCGACCUAUCUUUAUUUCAGGGACAGUUAUUGAUAAAAGUGGGCGAACUCUUUCUGGACAGACGGGAGAAGCAUUUGUCAUCAGCGUGUCUCAUGCAGACCCACUCUGCAUUGGAUUAAACUGUGCUCUGGGUGCAGCUGAAAUGAGACCUUUUAUUGAAACAAUUGGGAAAUGUACAACAGCCUAUGUCCUCUGUUAUCCCAAUGCAGGUCUUCCCAACACGUUUGGUGACUACGAUGAAACUCCGGAUAUGAUGGCCACACAACUAAAGGACUUUGCUGCGGAUGGCUUGGUCAAUAUAGUGGGUGGUUGCUGUGGUACGACCCCAGAUCAUAUCAGGGAGAUUGCUAAAGCUGUGAAGAACUGUAAGCCUAGAGUUCCACCUGCCACUGUUUUUGAAGAGCAUAUGUUACUAUCUGGUCUAGAGCCCUUCAGGAUCGGACCGUACACCAACUUUGUUAACAUUGGAGAGCGCUGUAACGUGGCAGGAUCCAGGAAGUUUGCUAAACUCAUCAUGGCAGGAAACUAUGAAGAAGCACUGACCAUUGCCAAAGUGCAGGUGGAAAUGGGAGCGCAGGUGUUGGAUAUCAACAUGGAUGAUGGCAUGCUGGAUGGUUCGAGUGCCAUGACCAGAUUUUGCAACUUCAUUGCUUCCGAGCCCGACAUUGCCAAGGUGCCCUUGUGCAUUGAUUCUUCCAAUUUCGCCGUGAUUGAAGCUGGCUUGAAAUGCUGCCAGGGAAAAUGCAUUGUCAACAGCAUUAGCCUGAAGGAGGGAGAGGAUGACUUCUUGGCGAAGGCUAGGAAAAUUAAGAAGUUUGGAGCCGCUGUGGUGGUCAUGGCUUUUGACGAAGAAGGGCAGGCGACAGAAACAGACACCAAAAUCAGAGUGUGCAUGCGGGCAUACCACCUACUCGUGAAAAAACUGGGCUUUAAUCCAAAUGACAUCAUCUUUGACCCUAACAUCCUCACCAUUGGUACUGGGAUGGAAGAGCACAACUUGUAUGCUGUUAAUUUUAUCCACGCAACAAAAAUCAUUAAAGAAACCCUGCCUGGAGCCCGAGUAAGUGGAGGUCUUUCCAACUUGUCCUUCUCCUUCCGCGGCAUGGAAGCCAUCCGAGAGGCAAUGCAUGGGGUUUUCCUUUACCACGCAAUCAAGUUUGGUAUGGACAUGGGGAUAGUGAAUGCUGGAAACCUGCCUGUGUAUGAUGAUAUCCACAAGGAGCUUCUCCAACUCUGUGAAGACCUCAUCUGGAAUAAAGACCCUGAGGCCACGGAGAAGCUCCUGCGCUAUGCUCAGACACAUGGCAAAGGAGGGAAGAAAGUCGUCCAGACUGAUGAGUGGAGGAAUGGCCCCAUCGAAGAACGCCUGGAAUAUGCCCUUGUGAAGGGUAUCGAAAAACACAUUAUUGAAGACACUGAGGAAGCCAGAUUAAACCAGGAAAAAUAUCCCCGGCCUCUGAAUAUAAUCGAAGGGCCUCUGAUGAAUGGCAUGAAAGUUGUUGGUGACCUUUUUGGAGCUGGAAAAAUGUUUCUACCUCAGGUUAUAAAGUCAGCUCGAGUCAUGAAGAAGGCUGUGGGCCACCUUAUUCCCUUCAUGGAAAAAGAAAGAGAAGAAAAUAAAAUGCAUGCUGGCACAGAAGAAGAAGAGGACCCUUAUCAGGGCACCAUUGUGUUGGCUACUGUGAAAGGCGAUGUGCAUGACAUAGGCAAGAACAUAGUCGGUGUGGUCCUUGGCUGCAAUAACUUCAGAGUUAUUGAUUUAGGAGUCAUGACUCCCUGUGACAAGAUCCUGAAAGCUGCUCUUGAUCACAAAGCAGAUAUAAUUGGCCUAUCAGGACUCAUUACUCCUUCCCUGGAUGAAAUGAUUUUUGUUGCCAAGGAAAUGGAGAGGUUGGCUAUAAAGAUUCCACUGUUGAUUGGAGGAGCAACCACAUCAAGUUUCUGGGAGAAUAAUUGGAAAAUAAAAGCCAGUCACCAGAUAUGCGUUCCCUUCUCCAACAACCCAACACGGCUAGUUAAAAUAGCUCCAAGAUACAGUGCGCCUGUAAUCCAUGUCCUGGAUGCGUCCAAGAGCGUAGUGGUGUGCUCACAACUAUUAGAUGAGAAUCUGAAGGAUGAAUAUUUUGAGGAGAUCAUGGAGGAAUAUGAAGAUAUUAGACAGGACCAUUACGAGUCUCUCAAGGAAAGAAGAUACUUAACCUUAAGUCAAGCUAGAAAAAACGGUUUCCAUAUUGACUGGCUGUCAGAGCCCCCUCCAGUGAAGCCCACGUUUCUUGGGACUCGGGUCUUCGAAGACUAUGACCUGCGGAAGCUGGUGGCCUACAUUGACUGGAAACCCUUCUUUGAUGUCUGGCAGCUCCGGGGCAAGUACCCGAAUCGAAGCUUCCCCAAGAUAUUUAAGGACAAAACUGUAGGCGAAGAGGCCAAAAAAGUCUAUGAUGACGCCCAGAACAUGCUGGAAGUGCUGAUCGAUCAGAAGAAGCUCCAAGCCAGGGGCGUGGUGGGGUUCUGGCCGGCGCAGAGCGUGGAAGAUGACAUCCACCUGUAUGCAGAGGACGCCACGCCGCAGGCUGCAGAGCCCAUAGCCAUCUUCCAUGGGCUAAGGCAGCAGGCCGAGAAGGACUCUGCCAGCACGGACGCGUACCACUGCCUCUCAGACUUCAUCGCUCCACUGCAUUCCGGUGUCCGCGACUACCUGGGCCUGUUUGCCGUCGCCUGCUUCGGUGUGGAGGAGCUGAGCAGGGCCUAUGAGCAGGAGUGUGACGACUACAGCAGCAUCAUGGUCAAGGCUUUGGGAGACCGACUGGCAGAGGCCUUCGCGGAGGAGCUGCAUGAGCGGGUCCGCAGGGAGCUGUGGGCCUACUGCCGCUGCGAGCAGCUGGACGUGGCCGACCUGCGGCGGCUGCGCUACGAGGGCAUCCGGCCGGCCCCCGGCUACCCCAGCCAGCCUGACCACAGUGAGAAGCUCACCAUGUGGAAGCUGGCCGACGUGGAGCAGUGCACGGGCAUUAAGUUAACGGAAUCCCUAGCGAUGGCACCUGCUUCAGCAGUAUCCGGCCUUUACUUCUCUAAUUUGAAGUCCAAAUACUUCUCAGUGGGGAAAAUUUCCAAGGAUCAGAUUGAGGAUUAUGCUCUGCGGAAGAACAUGUCUGUGGCUGAGGUUGAGAAAUGGCUGGGACCCAUUUUAGGAUACGACACAGAGUAACUUUUUUUUUUUUUUAAAUUCUUUUCUCUGCUUGAGGAUCCUCAAGGAAGCGUAGUGUAGAGUGCCUUUAAAAUGAACGGCAGCAGCAGACCCAGCAGCCCAGCUGCCCCUGGGCGACAUUCGUUCUGCUUCAGGCUUUGGAAGACCGUUCGGUGGAUGGAACCUUCCUGUGUCCUUGGAAAGCAAGUGGCUCCUUUCUAGGGGACCUUGAACCAAGAGCAGCACGCACAGCUCUGGGGGUUUUCCUGGCUGGUCCCUCUGGACGGGACAGGCUGGAGAUAGAGGUCUUUUGCAUUUCAAAGCAAGUCAGCUUGCUUUUUUCAUUUUUACUUUGCAUCUAGGAGGCCACUUGUUAUCUUUUUUUUUUUCCCCUUUCUCUUGCUCUUAAGAAGAAAAAGGCCCGAGACUUAGCUGAAUAGAGAAAUAUAGGGAAAAAAUGUGACCCCUGGCAAAAUCACUGUGUGUGCAGUGGGGCAUUUUAAUCUGAAUGGUUGCAAUAGUAGACUCUGACAGGGAAGAAGGUGUAAGUUUGCUCUCCCUCUGGAAGACCUUAUUUUCAUUUUCUGAAGUCCCGAUUACAUGGGACAGAAGGCCCGCUCUCACCGUUGACUGCUCAGAAAUGCUCAGGCUGUUUACCCUAGUGUGGCCAAACACUGGUGUUCUCGUAGGAUUUCAUGCUCCCUGCCCUGACGGGGGAGAAGGAGGUGGGGCGAGGUGGCUGCUCGGCGUGGUUAGCGUCUUUUGGCUGUUUUCCGGAAUUGAGAGGCCUUCUGCUGAGCUGGGGUGUCCCGUGCGGAGUUGGACGGAUGAGCAGCGUGACUCCACUCAAUACCCCCGUUUCUGUACCAACCCAGCUGCGGGUUCCCGCAGUGUAGGAACAGCACAGGGAAGUGUUACCGGUUGUUUCGGGGGAAACGGCGAAGAACAUGAACUUUGAAGGGAGACCUACCUGGAUUCACAUUCCAUCCUCGCCACUGCCUAUGCGACGCAGGCAAAUUGCCUCCACUCUCCAGCACUGUCUUCUCAUCUGUUAAAGCAGGGGCAGCGAUUCCAGUUCCUCCAUCAGGGGCCUGAGGGGCGGGUAGAUGAGGUGAUGCGCACAGGGCACGUGGCAGGGGCUCUGACUCAUGGUGGCUCCUGUGGGGCUCAGUGGGUAGCGCCUCCAAGCACAUGGUUAGUCUUCCUGGCAAGGGAAUAGACUAACAGGCAAGAUGAUACCAGGGGAUGCGGUUGAUAAUGACCAGUCUGACUGCCCUUGGUGCCCUUUCCUGAGAUUAGAUCCCUGUUUACACUGUGACUGGGACAGGGCAGCUGCCUCCGUGUCCUGUGAACCGGGAGUACUCACGUUUGGUGUGACAGCACUCUCCCUUGGCUCUCGUAGCUGGCCUUGCUUCCCAGAGCAGUUCUAGCAAGUGUAUGUUCAAGUGCAUUAGAGGCAAAGGGAGAAUAUCUUAGGAGAAGGAGAAGCCUCCGCAUCUGCGUUGUAUCCACGUGGACUUAGCGUGUAACGGGCCUUCAGCCGUCACUGGCCCUUGAAGCAAACACAGCUGUGUGCUUCUGUGGGUACCGUUAGUCUGUGCCUGACUGAGAACGGGACUCAGCUUCCCGGGACACUUAGUUGGAAGACUUACCUUCUGGUCCAUAACAGGUGUGUUAUUCUUGGUACCUUCCUCCAUGAGAAAGAGUGAUCUCCUCCGAAUAUUUGAGUGUAUUUCGUCAGAAUUAGUUGCUUAGAGUCUCCUGAUGGCACUGAGUAUUUACCAUCUCUUCCCUUAGCUGGUGAUGUGGCAGAAUGGCUUCCUUGAAUGUAUCAUUCAUCUGAUCCCACGAGGGAUGCCUUUUUUUUUUUUUCUCCAAAGACAAAAACAGCCAAAAAGUUUGAGCGCCUGCAUAUUCAUGAAAGAAUGUAAAAUGCAAAUAGAAAACCCCUCCCUUGUACAUGUCACACCCUAGGAAAGCAGGUAGGUGGCUGUGCUGAAUGCAGGGUCCCUUCUGUGUCGGAGCCUAUCCACGCAGAACCUCUUCAGGUCAUCACCGUCAAUGGCUGUCCCGUGAACCCACUUGCUGUCACCAUUUUCACCAAAGAUGCCACAUUAUUUUUCCCUCUAAAGAGGUGCUUGUUCAGGAUCUUCCUCUCUCUGUUGCUUGCUGUGCUGUCCGCACUGAGGAGCCUGGUUUGUGGGGUAGUGGGGAGGUUGGGUGUAGGACAACCCAUUUCUCUUUGGAGAUGUUCUCCUCUGUCCUCCCUGCACUCACAGCCAACUCACGUAGAGAACAGUCUUUUUGUUUCUUUUUGGCACACCCUCAACAGAUACUAAGUAUCUACUGCUCCCUCUUUCUCUCCUGAACCCAGUGAAGUUGGGUUUUUACCUGCCUCUUCUGGCAUCAGUGACCCCUCAGAGGUUAGACCCAGUGGCCUUCCCAGUGAUUGUCAUCUGCUUGGGCUUGGACAAUACUGACCCACUUUUUCAAAACUCACCUUUCCCUACUUUCCUCUUGGCAUCACUCUCUGGUUAUCCUUCUGUGUUUUGGUCAUUUCUCAGCCAUUUUCAUACUUUUUUUCUUCCUCUGCCCAUUUAAAUCCUGGUGUGCUCUAGGGCCUGUCAUUGGUGACCUCCUUAGCACAUGUAGUUUCACUGGGCGAUCUCAUGGAGUCAGUAUUCCCAUCUGAGCUCCGUCAUGAAGAGCACAGCAUAUAUCCAACAGCCCCGGACAGAUGGACACCUCAAACCCUAUGUGUCUUGUCUCAUUCCUCUGCAAUUAUAAAAUUCAGUCGUGAAGAAUGGUGCUACCACUCCAGGACCAAACCUCACAGCCUGUAUCACCUUUGGCUUGGACUGUUCCAGGGAUUUGGAAAGUGAGCAUGGGAAACACACACUUAGCCUACUUUAGUCGGGACAGCAGUUGAGACACUUUGGGAAGGCAAUGCUUAGAUGAAGGCCUGACUUGGGACUUGAAGAAUAAAGAUAAAGCAAGGUAGGAACAAAAGAAGAGCUGUCUGUGUUCACGAGCAGGGAUAUGAAGGAUUGUAAAGGUAUCCGGUCUCCCCAAAUUGAUCUGUAGGUUCAGUGCCAUUUCCAACAGAAAUUAUAAUAGAGGCUGUGUUCAGGGUGACAAGCAGAUACUUAAAUUUAUACGGAAAAGGAAAUGAUUAAGAAUAGCUGAGUGCUUCCAGAUACGAAGACAGGGUUACGAGUCAGUAGUUGUGUUGUGUGUGGUGCAGAGGUGGGCAUUCCAAGCAGGGAUGUGAAAUGGGGAGCCACAGAAUAACUAUGUGUGUCUUGACCUUUAUGACAUGGCGGAGGUGGCUUGGCACAUCCGGGAGGACAGGCAGGGUGACCACACAGGGUGCUGUGACGAUGCUUAUCUGAAGGAAAAAGAUGAGAUCUGGUUUCUGCCACACAAGUUAUCCAGCCAUCAAUUCCAAAUAUAUUAAGGUCUUAAAUAAAAAAAUAUAUAUGUUUCAGUGUUUGCAUGAACAAGCCUUAGGGCAGGAAAGAAUCCCUUGAGACAUAAAGCACUAACCACACAAGGAAAAGAUGGUUACAUCAACCUUUUUUUGUUUUUGGUUUUUUUAAAGACGGAUGUUAAGGUAAUAAACAAUGGAAAGGAGCAAAAAGACAAGCCAUGACUUGAGAUCUUUGUAUUACACUUAAACUGACAAAGGAUUAGUAAGCAGAACAGAUAGAGGGUUCCUAUUUAAGAAAAAAAGAAACUGGGCAGAAUUAGACCAGGAAAGGCAUUUCCCAGAAGAGGAAAUACAUGUGGCUUACAGAAACAUGUUGCACAGCAUCGGAGAUCAGAAAUACGAAUGAACACAACAAUGAGAUCUCAUUUUUUAUACCCAUGAGGUUUGAGGAAGUUCAGGAGCCUGAUAUGGGAUGCCGAAACAGCUGCGGCCAGUGACCAGGCACCUGUGCCUUAGAAAACUACGCUCCCCCACCAGAGUGGAACUCCUGCAGUGCCUUAGGAUCUGGCUUCCAACUCAGACUCCCUCUUGGGGAUCUAACAGAUUUGCACACCUGCACCCGGAGGUGUGGGCGAGAACGUUCAUGGUAACAUCUUCAUAAGAAUCAAGAACCGAAAAACCCAAAAUGUCCAUCUGUCUCUAGGGAGAUGGAUACAUAAGCAAGGUAUAUUCACGCUGAGGGGUAUUAAAUUCAGUGGUGGGAAUGAAUGAACCGCAGCUGUAUGGGACAAUAAGAGUGAAUCUCAGAAAAUAAGCAACCAAAGCAGAUUCCAGAAGACCACAUGUUACGAUGCUAUUUUUAUGGAGCCCCCAAACAAGCAAAACCAAAGAAUAUGCUGUCUAACCAUAUGUAAACAGUAAAACUGUUGUGUUUAAAAAAAAAAAAUAAAAACAAUAAACCAAAAUUUAGCAGCAUAAUUAACCCUGAGGGGGGAAGCGGAGCGGAUUGUAGAGGGAUACGUGGGUGGAUGCAGUUAUUAGUAAUACUCAGUUCUUGGGUUGAGUGAUAGGUUUAUGUAUGCCUUGUAACAGAGUUUUAUGUGUUAAAUGUAUUUAAUGCAUGUAUUAAGUGUAUUUUAAAUAAAGACAGAAUAAUAAGUG